AGAUUUGGAAAUAUUUUACUGAUGCUUGCUAUAAGGUUGAUGUAAAACUGUUUAUUUCUUUGAAAAUCCCAGUCGAUCACCGCUGCAGUCAUUUGAUUGAUACUUUGGUUGAUUCAAUAUGGCGUCUGGUAACAUCAGUGUUUCCCAGUCUUCGAUCUCCAGUUGCCCAGAGUCGAGCCGAAUUCAUUUGAUGGCUUGCGAGAUCGAACAUGAUGGAGAGGCCCAAGUAGCAUCUUACUUUGAUACAUCUGUGCGAGAGGAAGAGGCGAAUUCAGGAGUGCAAAACAGUGUUAAGGGUAUGUCACUGUAUACGAAACGGGCCUCUUUGUGUUGAGGUGGGCCUCUUUGUGUUGGGGAGGAGUGGGUGGGGAGUGAGUGCUGGAACCCUUCCACGGAUGGCAGGGGUUAGAACUCCUUCUAUCCUGUGGAUAAAUCACCAUUUAUUUUUACAGGAGGCUCUUCCCAAAAGCGGCACCUUUUUCAGGAUACAGGUAUAUGAAAGGGUAGGAAUUUCACCAGGUGAAGUAUAUGAAAUGGUAGGGGAAUCUGUUAUUUCAGUCUGUGAAAAGACUAAAAAGGGUUAACAGGUGCAUUUUAUGGCUGAGGAAAAGUUGAGAAAACGUUCUGGUUUUGAGAUUUAUUCAUAUUUUAAAGACAGUACAUUACCACAGCAGUUAAAAGCAGUGCAACGUUCUAAACUAGGUAUGUGGGUACAAUCUAUCAAUAGAAGGUAUACAAAAGGGAUGCCCUUUCUGUCAAAAAUGUUAUAUAACUGAAAGGGUAAGGGGUUUACCAAAUGAACAAUAUUAUUAAAAUAGUUGUUUUGAGACCUUUACUCUUAACUUCACAUCGCCUAUUUCCCAUUCUAUACAAAUCAAUUAAGAAUUUAUCAAAUUUGGUAUAUAAAAGAUGAUGAAUGUUGAAUUUUUCCCUGUUCUAUUUAGCCUUGAGCGCAUCAUUCAGAGGGCGCGGUUUGAGAGGUUGUGUUCUCAAUCUACCGGUGGGUUACAUGGGGUAUGUGAUGAAGGAAGAGAAAAGACCUUUCACUGAGGAGGAGGUAAGAUAGAAGAUAUCAUUUUAUGACUAGUUACUUGAUUCCUAUUUGCCAGAGAAGCCUGGUUUGCCAAAAAACAUCAUUUUUUUCAAGCACAGUUUUUGUACAAACCAAGUCUACUCUUCACUCUAUUGGGAUUUUUGCUGAAUGAAGCAAUAUUUUUUACUUCCCAAUAAAUUGAAAGAAAAAGAGUGAAAGGGUUCAGGAUACAAAGAAAGUCAGUUUUACAGCUUGCCAGGUAGCUAGCAUGCACUAGCCCCAAGAGGCAUUUUAACUAGCCCAGAAAAUUUUUUUUACAGGCAGUGCAGGAUUGAUUACAAUAAUUCUUCUGUAAUUUGAAUUCCCUCAAAAAUCUUUACUUGCCCGUCGGGCAAGUUAAGAAAAAAAUCCGCUCACCCCAUACCACAAUCCACCAACCCUGGGCUAUCAGACACUACUUUCUAUACAUGCUAGCCUGGACCUUCCUGAAGUCAUGUUCAAGCCAACAGAUAAAACAUCUUUCAUUUAGUGGGGAUCAUGUUUUUGCUCCAUUCAACUUGUUCAAGGGAAACUUCUUGCAUACAAAUCUUUUAAUAUGUGAUUAAAAUUCUAGCCUCUUUCAAGUUUAAAAGAAGUCAGACUGGCCGAAGGCUUUUUUCUGAUGAUCAUGUUAUUCAACUAAGAGAGUCUUUCUGACAACAUAGUUUAAUAGCGUAGCUCUCUUACAUGCGAAGUGCACAACAGAACACCAUGGGAAAGAAAAUUUGCCUAUCUACGCAUCCAAGAAUUUUGGUUCUAACAAAAUUGUCUGUACAUACUUAUAGGUACGUAUGUCUGCUCCUUCAUGUUUAAUAGCGGAUGUGAAGUGCCUUACUUACUACCUUUUUUAAAAGUCCAAGGCAUACAAAUUGUGUAGACUACAAGUGGUCCCCCAUUUUUCCUCAGGGAUAGUAGACCGUGCGAAACGCGAGCGCGCGUGAAAAUCACCCCACGCGAGAAAAGGCGACACACGGCGGGGAGAGAGAAAAAUGAGGGACUACAGACAAAGCCCAAGCUUUUGACCCUUCACGGCUGACUGAUUUGGGAGUGUGAAGUUCGUAUCCCCUUCCAAAUCAAUUAAGCGCAUCCAAUGGGAUUCCUUCCCUUAUUGAGCUGUCAUUGCUCUUGUCAUCGGUAAACUGCGGGGGAUAUUUAUUGCAUGCAAAAGAAAACCCAGAUACUAAUUUUCUUCACGACUGUUUCGCGUGAAGAACUUGAUAGUGUAGGCAACGCACGACUUUUACUCAUGCCAAAAUGCUGCUUGUUCCAAUGAAUUUUUUUUCUCUGACAGGUAGGUUAUGCUCUGGAGGAAACCGUUUUGACUGAGCAAAUAUGAUUUGUGCCGCUUAUUUCAUACUGAGAGGUCAUGACACGCAUAUUAAUUUUCUGCGGUUAUUGUUUAUGGUCGGCAUGAGUUGCCCUCUGACGCAAGAGCAUUUUUUUUUUACCUCUUUUGAAAAAUACAGCUCUUCAAUGCGGCUAAAUAAGGGUUUUGGGUUGUUUAAUUUCUCCGGCGAUCGCCCCCUGGAUCUGAAUAAUUUUAAGCGAUUUUCUUUUUGGCCGUGAAUGUGACGGUUUCCUGCAAUGUUUUGUCACGCUGGGCCCAGCUCGUUAGCGUUUUUAGCAGGAUGGAUAGUGAUGUCCAAACCUCGAAGAAUGGAUUGCAGCUUAAACUAAAACUACAUUAACUAUGGAGAAUUGCGAUGUGACUCAGUCAUGACUGCUCAUGAAUUUUAACUGCCACUUGUUUUUCUGGAGAUAAUGUGAGUCUUUGGACUGGAGCACGUAGUUCCUCCCUUGGUGAUAACUUUUGAAUUAGCUUAACAGCCUUGCGACCGUUCUGUUAACAAAUUGUGUUGAAUUUGUUCUGUUGGACAUCCAUGUUAUGAUAUAUUGACAGCUGUCAGAAUAGGGUACCUACUGAUUGGUGUCACAUGACUGUAUCACUGGCUCAGGUGUACAACCCAUUGAGGUGACAUGUUUUUUUAAAGUUCUCUGCUGACUAGUUAAGGUAUUCAAGAUUGCAGGCUCAGAAAACUUUACUUUAGAAAGACAUUUCUCAAAAGUACCCACGAGAGCUUUGCUUUCAGCCUUGCUACACUCAUUUAUCCUGUUUCUAGGAUCGAGUGAUGAAAGCUACUCACAAGUUUUCACAGUUCACCUACUGGAAUCUGGAGACUCCACCUUCAAACAACGAUGCAGUUGUAAAAGCCAUGCAGUGGAUAAACAUUGCAUCUGCAGUAAGUGUUACAGUUGUUGGGUUAUGUACUCAAACUGAGAAAAACAUGUUCUCUGCUUUCUGUCUCAGUUGGGAAUCCUCCCUCACACACUCAACCCUCCUGCCAGUUAACAGUCGUCUAACAAGAGAUUUUCUUUCUAUCAACAGCUUCAUAGGAGUGACGCAGAUAAUGAGUAUGCCACUCCAGAAAACAUAAGAUGAUCCCAGUUUAUUACACAGUGUUUUCAUUUUUUAAUAAUGUAUUGCAUGCUAUGUUAUUUGCUCAAGGACAACAUGUAUGUGGAAUCCAUGUAAAAUAAAAUGUUAUCUACAGU